AUGAAUAAUUCCACCCCUACCCUGACGGGCGGGCUAGGCUCGCCUCCCCCUGGCACCGUGCAGUUCGUGGCGGCGACAUUCGUAGCGAUGCUGAUCGUGUUCACCUUGAUUGGUAACGUGCUAGUCUGCGCGAGUUUCGCGCUCUUUCGCGAGCUCCGUACCAUAUGUAACUACUUCGUUGUAAGUCUAAGCGCGGCGGACAUCCUUGUCGCGUUGCUGGCAAUGCCGUUCUGGUGCGCGCUGCAAGUCACAAGCAACAUGUGGAUGUUCGGAUUGGAGCUGCAGUUGUUUUGGAGUUGCAUGGAUAUCUUGUGCGGGACUGCGUCUAUCAUGAACCUAAUGGCAGUAUCUAUUGACCGCCAUAUCGCCAUUACGAUGCCCUUCUACUACGAGACGGUCAUGUCACCGAUCAAGGCCAAGCUCACCAUCAUGUUUGUGUGGCUCUAUGCGAUCACCAUAUCCUGCCUAAGGCUCGUCCAGUGGCCUGGGAAGCAGGGUAAAGUCUACAUGAAUAUUGCGGCGUUCGCGAGUUUCCUGUGCCCGCUGACCGUCAUGGUUGUUAUGUACUUGAGGAUAUAUCUAGUGGCUAGGUACCAAGUCAGGCGCAUAGGGCGGAACUAUAUGACGGACGUAAAAGCCGCCAAGACAAUAGCUGUGGUGAUCGGGGUGUUCGUGGCGUGCUGGACGCCAUUCUUCGUCAUCAUCAUCUGCUAUGCGCAUCAUCCGGGAUUUAACGUUACCAAGACAACACUUAACGUCGUCAAAUGGAUGGAGUACUUGAACUCGUGCUUGAAUCCGGUUAUUUAUACAUGUUUGAACAGGAAUUACCGGCGCGCAUUUAGGAAGUUAUUGCGCAGGUGCGUGAGAUUGCGUGACAGACGCGGAUCAAGUGCGUCGAGUUCGACUUUUCAGCGAACAAUGCGCCUCGGUUCCAUGUCAGUUAGCGUGACGUUUAUCAAAACAGAGCCGAAUUCGAUUACUGGUCGGUUAACAAAGUGCUCUUGUAUGCGCCCGAAUGUAAGUUCACCCAAGCUGUAACCAAUAUUAGCUAUCUGAUGCCUCAACUGCCUGCAAUAACUAGUCUCUAGAUUGGGUGGACUCGAGUCAGUGGUUUUCAUUGUACUAACUGUAAUUGGAUGUCUUCUCAUAUUGGCAAUGCGUGUCUGUGGCUUUUUAAACUGCGAUUACACGGCUAGCAGAGUUUUUCUCCGGUUUGUUUCUAGCAGUUUACUUAUUCGUGUCGCAUCCUUGUUCUUUCGCGUUUUUGUAGCGUGACAGAGUUCAAGGUGGCUGCGGCGGGAAAUCAUCGCUUGAUGAGGAUUCCCACGGUGACCGCAAAAGUAAUCUCGCGCAUGUUCAAGCGGAUUCGAUGGUAGCGAUGGUCUCCCCUUUAGCGGGGUCAAAAUCUCGCUCGACUUGUCGGUUUCUGGGUUUCUUUACGCUGAAAAACACAGGAACGCUAGCUAUGCAGGCUAAUUCGAUAGAGCUUUCGGCAGAGGAUUUUCCUGUGGGCAAAAAACAAACGAGCAGAAAAAACAGGGACGCGACACGGAAAUACCAAAAACAAACAGGAAGAAAGCUUUUGCUAGAAGGGUAUUUUGUGAUCUAGUUCGACACACUUUCCUCUUCACUUCUGACGCAUUCAAAUAAUGUCCCCUAUUUCUUGUUUUCCAUCGAGGAGAUGGGCUUCAUUAGGUAAAAUGGUACCUGGCGUACAAUAAACCGCUACAAGAAGAGGUCCUGAAAAUAGUCCUCGAACUCCUCGUCCCUGGAAAACAAACGAAAUUAUGGAAAUAGUCCUCAAAUUUUUUUUUUUUACUUGCACAUUUUCAAUAAACAAAAUUCGCGAUGUAGAUAAAUGUACCUUGUUUUAUCGACCGCAAGUUUGGCCGGUCCCUUCCAGAUGUCUUCUCCUGCCACAUGGCUCGUACUCGCACCAGACUCCUCUCCUGAUUCUGCACGAGAAAAAUUUUGUAUAUGAAAAAUCUGUACAUAUAUUUAGUAGUGUCUUUAUAGAUGGCUAUCGAUGACACGAACAGUUCAACCAUUAAAAAAGGGUGAUCAGUCA